GCAUUUCUCCUCUGUGCUCACUGCCACACGCAGCUCAGCCUGGACGGCACAGCCAGAUGUGAGAUGCUUCUCUGCUGAUCUGAGUCUGCCUGCAGCAUGGACCUGGGUCUUCCCUGAAGCAUCUCCAGGGCUGGAGGGACAACUGCCAUGCACCCAGGGCUCAUCCAUGCACAGAGCAAGGCAGUGGGAGGAGACGCCAUGACCCCCAUCCUCACGGUCCUGAUCUGUCUCGGGCUGAGUCUGGGCCCCAGGACCCACGUGCAGGCAGGGACCCUCCCCAAGCCCACCCUCAGGGCUGAGCCAGACUCUGUGAUCACCCAGGGGAGUCCCGUGACCCUCAGGUGUCAGGGGAGCCUUGAAGCCCAGGAGAACCAUCUAUAUAGGGAGAAAAAAUCAGCAUCCUGGAUUAAACGGAUACAACCACAGCUUGUGAAGAAGGGCCAGUUCCCCAUCCCAUCCAUCACCUGGGAACACGCAGGGCGGUAUCGCUGUCAGUAUUACAGCCGCUCUCAGUGGUCAGAGCCCAGUGAUCCCCUGGAGCUGGUGGUGACAGGAGCCUACAGCAAACCUACCCUCUCAGCCCUGCCCAGCCCUGUGGUGACCUCAGGAGGGAACGUGACCCUCCAGUGUGGCUCACAGCUGGCAUUUGGUGGCUUCACUCUGUGUAAGGAAGGAGAAGAUGAACACCCACAAUGCGUGAACUCCCAGUCCCAUACCCUUGGGUGGUCCUGGGCCAUCUUCUCCGUGGGCCCCGUGAGCCCGAGUCGCAGGUGGUCGUACAGGUGCUAUGGUUAUGACUGGAGCUCUCCCUAUGUGUGGUCUCUACCCAGUGGUCUCCUGGAGCUCCUGGUCCCAGGUGUUUCUAAGAAGCCAUCACUCUCAGUGCAGCCAGGUCCUGUCGUGGCCCCUGGAGAGAUCCUGACCCUCCAGUGUGGCUCUGAUGUCGGCUACGACAGAUUUGUUCUGUAUAAGGAGGGAGAACGUGACUUCCUCCAGCUCCCUGGCCGGCAGCCCCAGGCUGGGCUCUCCCAGGCCAACUUCACCCUGGGCCCUGUGAGCCGCUCCCACGGGGGCCAGUACAGAUGCUGCGGUGCACACAACCUCUCCUCCGAGUGGUCGGCCCCCAGUGACCCCCUGGACAUCCUGAUCACAGGACAGAUCCAUGCCAGACCCUCCCUCUCGGUGCAGCCGGGCCCCACAGUGGCCUCAGGAGAGAACGUGACCCUGCUGUGUCAGUCACAGGGAUGGAUGCACACUUUCCUUCUGACCAAGGAGGGAGCAGCUGAUGCCCCGCUGCGUCUAGGCUCCACUUACAGAGCUCAACAGUACCAGGCUGAAUUUCCCAUGAGUCCUGUGACCUCAGCCCACGCGGGGACCUACAGGUGCUACGGCUCACGCAGCUCCAACCCCUACCUGCUGACUCACCCCAGUGAGUCCCUGGAGCUCGUGGUCUCAGGACCCUCCAUGGUUCCCAGCACCCCACCCACCGGUCCCAUCCCCACACCUGCAGGCCCUGAGGACCAGCCCCUCACCCCCACCGGGUCGGAUCCCCAGAGUGCUCCGGGACUCGGCUCUGGUGCAGGAACAAGGGCUGCAGGUCUGGGAAGGCACCUGGGGGUUGUGAUCGGCAUCUUGGUGGCCGUCGUCCUCCUGCUCCUCCUCCUCCUCCUCCUGUUCCUCGUCCUCCGACACCGACGUCAGGGCAAACGCUGGACAUCGACCCAGAGAAAGGCUGAUUUCCAGCAUCCUGCAGGGGCUGUGGGGCCAGAGCCCACAGACAGAGGCCUGCAGAGGAGGUCCAGCCCAGCUGCCGAUGCCCAGGAAGAAAACCUCUAUGCUGCCGUGAAGGACACACAGCCUGAGGACGGGGUGGAGAUGGACACUCAGCAGAGCCCACACGAUGAAGACCCCCAGGCAGUGACGUAUGCCCCGGCGAAACACUCCAGACCUAGGAGAGAAAUGGCCUCUCCUCCCUCCCCACUGUCCGAGGAAUUCCUGGACACAAAGGACACACAGGCGGAAGAGGACAGGCAGAUGGACACUCAGGCUGCUGCAUCUGAAGCCUCCCAGGAUGUGACCUACGCCCAGCUGCACAGCUUGACCCUCAGACGGGAGGCAACUGAGCCUCCUCCAUCCCAGGAAGGGCCCUCUCCAGCUGAGCCCAGCAUCUACGCCACCCUGGCCAUCCACUAGCCCAGAGGGUAGGCAGACUCCACACUCAGUAGAAGGAGACUCAGGACUGCUGAAGGCACGGGAGCUGCCCCCAGUGGACACCAGUGAACCCCAGCCAGCCUGGACCCCUAACAAAGACCAUGAGGAGAUGCUGGGAACUUUGGGACUCACUUGCUUCUGCGGUCGAAAUAACUAAUAUCCCUACAUUUUUUAAUUAAAGCAACAGACUUCUCAAUAAUCGAUGAGUUAACUGAGAAAACUAAAAUCAGAAGUAAGAAUGUGCUUUAAACUGAAUCACAAUAUAAAUAUUACACAUCACACAAUGAAAUUGAAAAACUACAAACCACAAAUGAAAAAAGUAGAAAAGAAAAAAAAAAAAAACUAGGAAAUGAAUGACGUUGGCUUUCGUAUAAGGAAUUUAGAAAAAGAAUAAGCAAUUAUUCCAAAUGAAGGUGUAAGAAAGGGAAUAAGAAGAAGAGUUGCUAACGAGGAAAAACCAAAAACUUGAAAAUUCAACAAAGCCAAUGAAGCUCAUUCUUGAAAAUAUUAAUUACAGUCAUAAAUCCUAACUACAUUGAGCAAGAGAAAGAAAGAGCAGGCACGCAUUUCCAUAUGGGAGUGAGCCAGCAGACAGCCCAGCAGAUCCUACACACAUUUUCACAAACUAACCCCAGAACAGGCUGCAAACCUAUGCCAAUAUACUAGAAAAUGCAGAUUAAAUAGAUGAAAUAUUCAAAACUGGAGUUUACAUAAUGAACGUAAGAGUAAUCAGAGAAUCUGACUCAUUUUAGAUGUGUGUGUAUGUGUGUGUAUAUAUAUAUGUGUGUGUGUGUGUGUGUGUGUGUGAAAAACAUUGACUGUAAUAAAAAUGUUCCCAUUGUAUCAUCUCCAGUUCAGGAAGUUUCACUGGUGAUUUCUUACAAAUAUUGACGCACUAAUGAAACACACAAACACACCCAGAGCAUCACAAAUGUUUCUUGAGAAUAGAAAAAGAGGCAAUGUGCCCGGGUGCGGUGGCUCACGCCUGUAAUCUCAACAUCUAGGGAGGCAGAGGCGGCAGAUUACUUGAGGCCGGGAGUUCAAGACCAGCCUGGCCAACAAGGCAAAACCCCAUCUCUACUAAAAAUACAAAAAUUAGCUGGACAUGGUGGCGCACACUGCAAUCCCAGCUACUUGGGAGGCAGAGGCAGGAGGAUCACUUGAAUGAACCCGGGAGGUGGAGGUUGAAGUGAGCAAAAACAAACCCCCCACAAUUCAGCCUAGGAUAUGUUUAUUAAAUUUACAUUUGUCUUUUUGCUUAA